UGUGCCGUAUAGAAUUUUACGUGAAUUUUAUUUAUAUAUCAGUAGUGAACUCUCUUGUCAAAUUUAUAUAGGAUAAAUAAAAAUGGACGAAGAAUUAGGACUUACAGAAGAUGAUUUUACGAUACCUCCUGUCAAAUAUGAAUAUUUGGAUCACACAGCAGAUGUACAAUUGCAUGCUUGGGGAGACAGUCUCAAAGAAGCUUUCGAACAAUGCGGCAUGGCUAUGUUCGGUUACAUGACUGAACUCAAUUACGUACAAAUCAAGCAAGUGCACACUAUUGAAGCAUCAGCUGAUGAUAUGCUUGGUCUAUUGUACCAUUUUCUUGACGAAUUACUGUUUUUAUUCUCUGCCGAACCCUUUUUAAUAUGUAAAAAGUUGGUAAUAACUGAAUUUAAUACGGAAGAGUUUAGGAUAGUUUGUAAGUGUUAUGGUGAGGAAUUUCAAAUUGGCAAGCAUCCACAAGGAACAGAAGUGAAAGCUAUAACAUAUUCAGCGAUGCAGAUUGUUGAGGAACCAAAGGAUAACAAAUUUGAAGUUUACGUUAUAAUUGAUAUUUAGACUUAAGAGUACCUACAUAUACUUUUGUUUGUUAAAUUCAUGUCGUUUAUUAUUGUAGCUAAGUAUAUGGGUUUACAGUAAACCUCAUCAUUUUUAACUUAAUUGGUUGAUAAAUAAGCAGGUACUUAUUCAAUCUAAUAUACUACUGAGGUCCACAAUUCCGGACAAAAGUUCAUAGAGAUAGUCAGAUUUUGUCAAGUUACAGCAAGCCAUUUACCCAGAUUACAUUAUAUAAAGCAUUGUUUUUAUAUAGCACACCCAUCCAAAUAAUACACAUUGUACUUGUACCAGUUUACUCGGCGAUGUUCGACAGUGUAGUUGAACCUUUGGUGCUGGUGAAGUGAAUGUUACAUACAUCGAUACUCAAUACUUACACACAAGCAGCUUCAUUCCCAAGUCAGUUAAAAAAACUAUUGACAUUGUCAAUGCUUGAAUCAACUGGCUGUCAAGUGUUAAUUUGACGUUUUAUCUACAAUCUCAAUGGGUUUGUGUUGUUAUUUUGGUUUAUUUAAUUUUCACUUAUUAAAAAGUAAGUGAGACAAAGAGGAAAUUAAAUAAACCAAAUUACUCUCAAAUGUAUAUUCUCAAAAAAAAUAAUUCAAAUGCAUCUAAAAUAACUAAGUCCUUCGAUGAUGAUGAUGAUGAUGAUGAAUCAUAUACGUCCGGAACAAAAAUAAAAGAUAAG